GUAGCCGCGAACGGAACAGACACAAGACAUUUUUCCGGUUUGACUAUUCUUUAAAUCACUAAAAAUGAUUAUCCUUUGAUAAUGACGUACUCGCAUAAAGAAAGAACACGAGGUUUCGUAUUCCAAAAUAAGCAGACCUCAACGAUCACGAGAGGAUGACUGUUUUUCUGUCGACUACUGGUGUCUCCACAAAUGUGUUCUGGCGUUUCCUUUAUUUUCGAGGCCUUUAUUCAUGGUUAUCAUCAAUACGAACCCCACUGUCUUCCGCCGUGAUGUCGCAACUCCUCUUCCAAGAACGAAUUUCGCCAUCUGUGAAAGAGUUUAUCGUUGCAAAGCCCAAAUGUGGACUUGUGCUCAGCUUCGUCAUCGCCCUAUUUGCAGCCGUCAUCGUUCCCAUGUCGCAAGUGGACAUUAUGCAUUUUAUUACGGAAAACCCUUGGGUCAUGUUCACUUUAUCCGUUCUGGUCAUUUUCGCAACCCUCUUGUCACUCAACCGAUAUGUCAUUAAGGAAUCCGUCAUAUUUAUCCUAUCCACCGGGGUGCAAGUCAAACAGUUUAAUGUUUUUGGAUUAGCAACGUCCACGAGAUUUUUCCCAAAGUCCAAGAUUAAGGCGUUUGUGAUCAAUGAGACGAUAAGAAGGCAACGAGUCGUCACAUAUUUAGCGUUGAUACUUAACUCACCAGAUAAGUCUGGGGGAAUUAUCGUUCCUUUGUUCCAUGAAACCAUGCCAAGACUUACCCACCUGAAGAAGGUGUACCGUGAAUCAUAUAGCCUUAUAAAUACGUGAUGGGAUUCUAUUUUAUUGCCAAACUGCUUAUUCGCGUGUUAUUAAUCGACAAUAUAAUUAAUUAUGCAUCUGUAAUCAAUGUUUUUCGCCUGCAUAUUUAUACUCUCUACCUAGGAAUCAUUGACAUUUGUUCUACUCGUACUUUAUGAAAAUGUCAAAUAUAUAUAACUAUUUAAAAUAAUAAAACGUGUUGGGUUAAUAAGUGUUUUUUUA